GGAAAACGCUUGAUUCCUCUGAGCGCGCAAUAUUUGAUUUAGUUCUUUCAUGGACACUGUGCGACAGAGAUGAUUCCUGCACAUACACUCGUCCUCUUUGUGUUAGGACUCUUCCAGACAGGUCUGACAUCUGUAAUCCAGUCUGUGGAGACUGUGGAGGAGGCAGUGGGAGAAGAUGCUCUCCUCAGCUGUCAGAUCCUACAGUCUGAAAAUGUGGUGCAGGUCACAUGGCAGAAACAGACGCUGGGUGGGGUGACCAAUCUCGCCAUCUCCAACAAUAUACAUGGCUCCAGGGUGAUGUCAGACUUCAAAGACAGAGUGGUGGUGAAAGAUGGUGGACUGCACAACAGCUCCAUAGUGAUCAAGAAUGUGACGGAGGAGGAUGAAGGCUGCUACCUCUGCCUCUUCAUCACCAACCCUGCUGGAGCGCUCCCUGGCAGAACCUGCCUCAAGGUCUAUGAGCUGCAUGAACCCGUUCUACACGUGAGAGAAUCAAGUUCAACUGAUGAGUUCCUGGUUUCCUGCUCCAUCACAGGACGACCUGCUCCAACCGUAACUCUCAACGUCACACAGCAAGACUUCUACCUCUCACAGAACCAAACUGUGUUGAUCAACACAAACGGUACAUUCAGUGUCACUGCCACAGACGUGUUGGCAGGUUUCCAUGAUGCUGGCACACUGGUUGGAUGUGCCGUGCAGGUGCUCUCCCGUAGUAAAGAGGUGUUUGUGGAGAUUCCUGAAGUGAAACUGACGCCUACUAGUGGUUUGGAGGAAGGAUCUCGAUCUGCUGUAUUCAUCAAGAUGUUGAUUGUGGUAGUGACCUUCAUUUGCAUUGUCUUUGGUGUCCAGUUUUUACAAAAACGAUGGAGCAGAGACCAGGAGAAGACUGAGGUUCCUCAAACUGCAGACGCUGAUACUGUCAAAGUUCCUUUGUUCACACCAGAGAAGACUCCGGUCAGAGAACAGUCACCUCCUUCAGAAUCCAAGCAGAGAAAAGAGACAGACCCUGAGUCGUCUUCAACAGACAGAAGAACUCAAUCUGACCAAUCCUUCAGUCUGUCACACAGAGACCAGGAGAAGACUGAGGUUUCUCAAACUGCAGACGCUGAUACGUGGGUCAAAGUGUCUUUGUUCACACCAGAGAAGACUCCCGUCAGAGAACAGUCACCUCCUUCAGAAUCCAAGCAGAGAAAAGAGACAGACCCUGAGUCGUCUUCAACAGCCAGAAGAACUCAAUCUGACCAAUCCUUCAGACUGUCACACAGAGACCAGGAGAAGACUGAGGUUUCUCAAACUGCAGACGCUGAUACGUUCAAAGUACCUUCGUUCACACCAGAGAAGAGUUCGGUCAGAGAACGGACACCUCAUUCGAAAUCGCAGCGUGGAAAAGAGACAGACCCUGAGUCGUCUUCAACAGACAGAAGAACUCAAUCUGACAAGGUCAGAGCAGCGUUGUUCACACCAUAGAAGAGUUCGGUCACAAAACGGACACCUCAUUCGAAAUUGAUGAAAAAUAAACAGACAGACCGCCAGUCAUCUCCAACAGCCAGAAGACUUCACUUUGACCAGUAGGUGGACCUCAGGUCUCCACUGAAAGUCCAAUGCACGGGGGUAUCCAGCACUUCUACAUCAGUCUUCAGACAUGUCCUGUGGUGAAUCUCCAGAGAAUCGGCUCCAGACUUUCUCCACAGUUUUCCUUUCACACAUGCACGAUGCAGUGGAGGGUUUUCUAUACAGAUGUGUUCACAACAACAAAUCCUCCCGAUUCUAACCUAGACACUGUUCUAUAUGGACCCAGACCUGUUUUUAAGUUUUCAUGGAGCGUUUCUGAUUUAACCUGAGCUGCUUUUUCCGUCUUUCCGGUAGUAAUUCCUGGCAGCACACGAUAAAGUUUACUUCUCUCAAUGAACAAGAGAAAGUUGGAACAAAGAGAAAAGUGAAAGGUCUUAGUUGUUAAUAUUUGUUGAGAUUGUUCAAAUGGGAAAUGUAGUGAAGAAAAGGAGAAACUCAAACUGCAUCUUUUUUUAUCUUCUAAAAUAUAUAUCUGUAUGAAUCUGUACAACUUUAAUCAGACAUUAUAUAUAAAAACCUUUUUUCCUACUUAUUUGUUUUGAUUAACUGUAUUUCAUAUUGCACAUAUUAGCAUUUGUUUAUUGCUCACCUAGGUAGAAUGCACAUUUAGUGUGUGUGCUUGUGUGUUGACUCAAUCAUUGUAUCAUCAACCUACAUUGUUCUUUGUGCUAAUUUUAUCUUUUAAUUGUUUCAUUUAUUUUCAAUUUAUCCCCAUUAUGUAAAAAGUAAAUUUAAAUAUUCUGGUGUAA